AUGGGUAACCCGGUACCCGGCAUUUCCCGGCUCUCAUCUGGAACCGGAGUUCGGUUCCCACCUAGCCUGCCCCCAGGUCAAGAUCUACCGUGGCUCAAGGCCUUCAGCAGAGCUAUCACCACCAAGGACCAGAGACCAGUAUCACUACAGCUCCUCCACCUCCCAUCUGUGGCUGCCACCAGGUCAACGAUACACCUUAGCACAGAAGGCUCCACCACAGCCAUCACCUGUCACCCAGCCAGCAGCCCGUUGAGUAACUUCUUUGACGUAAUUAAACAGCUUUUUUCAGACGAGAAGAACAUCCAACAAGCGUCCCCCGACACGCCUAGCUCCCCCGCCAAGCAUGCCCCCGGCAGCAAGCCCACACCCCCGCCCAAUGACUCUAAAUGCCCCCCCGGCAAAGACAAAACAAAGAUGGCCGACAGCAGAGUGCAGGUCGUUCAGUCUGUGGAUCAGCAGGGCCUCCAGGACCCUCAGGAGGGGGGGGGGAUCCUCGGGGCUGGAGUUCUGCCCGGCGACAGCCAGCAGCAGGCGGUGGAAGUCGUCCCGCUGCAGGAGAACCUCCAUGUUCUGCAGGAAGAACCCUUCACAGAACCGGCAGAGAGCAGAACCUCCGUGCAGCUGCAGUACAGCCCUCUGGACCUGAGAGACAGGACAGCAGACGGUUCUCCGGCUCUGGUUCUGGACUUCACCCCGCCGGCAGAAGACUAUCUGGACCUGAGGAACCGUCUGAAGGCCCAGCAGGUGGCUCUGGAGACGUGUUCUCUGCAGGAGCGCCUGCUCUCGGGAACCGUUCAGGUGCAGAACCUCUGCUUCCAGAAGAACGUGUGGGUCCGGAUCACCUUCGACUCUUGGCGCUGCUUCCAGGACGUUCCGUGUUCGUACCUGAACCAGGUGUACGGUUCCCCCGACACCAACACCUUCUCCUUCUGCAUCUGCGUACCGGAGGUUCUGCACCCCGAAGACCGUGUCGAGUUCUGCGUCCAGUACCAGACUCCAGAGGGAACCUUCUGGGACAACAACCAGGGGAACAACUACCGGCUGGUGGACCCGAGUCCCGGGGAGAACCGGGAGACGGAGAACCCCGGGAUGCAGAUCCAGAACCAGAAACAGCGGGACCAGAUUGACCCGUUCGGCAGCCCCAGAACCUCUGUGGGGGUCUUCCUCUGGCAGAGCUGUGGCAGCGUGGAGACCAGCGCCCCCUACUGGUGAGAACUGGGUUUAUUAUCACACCCAACGAGGGCCAGAGGACCCACUGAGAACCCUUUGAGAACCUCUGAGGAACCCACCGCAGAUCCUCGCUCUACCACCAGACACUUUAACACGUUAGCUCUAUAGCACGUUAGCUCUAUAGCACGUUAGCUCUUUAGCACUUUAGCCGCCCUCACUGAAUUACCUUAAGUCUUUCUGAAAGACUUUGAAAGAGUUCCACGUCUCCACCCCCGGUUAGAGACCCGCUGCCCAUCAGAACCUGACCCGGAUCAUCUGGUUUUCCAAGGAACCCGCUGCCCAUCAGAACCUGACCCGGAUCAUCUGGUUCUCUUCACCAGGGACCAGCAGGGGGUCCAGAGCCCUCCAGAGUCCUCCAGACCUUCACCAGGGACCAGCAGGGGGUCCAGAGUCCUCCAGAGUCCUACAGACCUUCACCAGGGACGAGCAGGGGGUCCAGAGUCCUCCAGACCUUCACUGAGGACGAGCAGGGGGUCCAGAGUCCUCCAGAACUUCACCAGGGACCAGCAGGGGGUUUAGAGUCCUCCAGAGACCUCCAGACCUUCACCAGGGACCAGCAGAGGGUCCAGAGUCCUCCAGACCUUCACUAGGGAUGAGCAGGGGGUCCAGAGUCCUCCAGACCGUCACUAGGGACGUGCAGGGGGUCCAGAGUCCUCCAGAACUUCACCAGGGACCAGCAGGGGGUCAAGAGUCCUCCAGAGACCUCCAGACCUUCACCAGUCCUCAAUCAGGGCUUUAUUUGACCCCAAAGACCUGCGAGGCGUUCAAGGCCUGACGAGUAAAUUAUCAAAACAUAAGAACUGUCUCUCACCACCAUCAUAGGCCAAAUCAAACAAUCAGAUCACAGCCUUGCCCCGCCCGUACCUGCAGGAGCUCCUCACUGAUUGGUUCAGGGAAACCAGGAAACUGCACUUUAGACCAACAUACAGACCAUCUUACAGACCUGUGUGUGUGUGUGUGUGUGUGUGUGUGUGUGUGUGUGUGUGUGUGUUACCUGUCUGCACUUUAUAAAGUUAGUGUUAAACCAGCCAAUCAUUAACCAGCACACCUCCUGCUGUCCCUGCCCACAUCUCCCUCAGUGAAACUUUUUGAUUGAAGCCAUUAGCAUUAGCUCCUCAGCUAACUGCCAACUUUAAUUGGCCUGUUAGCUUCAGGUUGUCGUGGUAACUGCUGUUUGCACUUCCUGUUAGUUCCUUUUUAAACCCACCAAAAUAAAAGCCUGUAUUACCCAAAGUGUUGAUAUUAACAACAAUAAAACUGUUGUUGUUGUUGUUGUAAGUGUACCAGAGGCCUGUACUACGAAGCUGGUUCAACCUAACCUGGAUAUGUU